AUGUUGUUAAAAGUGUUAAUUCUAAUUUUAAUUAUUUCAACAGUGGUUGUCGACGGUCGAUCAAGACGAAAACGUCGGCAAACGUCAUCAAGUGGUAUAUUUGGAUCCGGUAGUGGAUUGAAUAGUGGAUACGGAUCAGGAUAUGGAACGGGUACAUACGGAUCAGGGUACGGAACGGGCACAUAUGGAUCAGGGUAUGGAACCUAUGGUUCAGGCACAUAUCCUAGUGGUUCGUACUAUAGUGGCAGCAGCUACGGUCAACCGAAUUAUAAUCAAAAUUAUGGAUACGGUGGAAGCGGAAGUUAUGGGUAUCCGAAUACGGGUAUGAAUAAUAUUCCAUAUAAUACAGGCAUCAACGGUAAUCCGUAUAAUACAGGCCUGAAUAAUAUUCCGUAUAAUCCAGGAUAUGGUUCGAAUAACUACGGUAGUAGUUAUGGUUAUAACACUGGUUUGGGUAGCGGUUACAACAGUCAAUACGGAUAUCCAAAUUUAGGCAGUACAUAUGGGAGUGGUGGAUACGGUUCAAAUAUUUACGGAUCGGGGAUGUUGAAUACGGGAUGGAACAGUAAUCGUUAUCCAAACACUUACGGCUCAGGAUCAGGUAGUAGUGGCUAUCCCUAUUAUUCAGGUAAAAUUAAUCCAAUGGGACGUAAAGGAAGUCUAAAUGGUGCUGUAGGAGCAGAAAAAAGCGGAGCUAAUGCUAACGUCAAUAUCGGCUCGCAAAUUUUACAAUUACUAAUUAUCUAUUCGGUUGUUUCAAAUGUUGAAAAUCGAUCUCGUCGUCGACGUCGUCAAAUGUCCUCAGGUACAAUGUACGGCAAUAUACCUGGUGGAGGUUGGUCCGGUUCAAUAAGUAAUCCGAGCGGUGCCAUUCCUGGCGCAUUUUAUGGGUCAGGAAAUAAUCCAAAUUACGGUGGUACGUCAAAUUUAAAUACGAAUACUGGCCUGAACAGUUAUCCGAGUGGAACAAAUUUGAAUCAACAACCCUAUGGAACGAAUACAAAUCAACAACCUUAUGGAACGAAUGUGAAUCAACAAUCCUAUGGAACGAAUAUUAAUGAUCCUCCACUUGGAACAAACUAUUUAUCAGGUGGAAGUGCCAGUUAUCCAAAUUCAUAUCCAUCAGGUGCAAAUAUCAAUUCCCAGUAUCCUACGAAUAAUGGUUAUUCAAAUUCUAAUCCACAGCAAACGUAUGGCACUAAUAAUAAUUUGAAUAAUCCAAGUGGUACCAAUUAUUAUGGUCCCGGAAGUAAUCUUUUACCAGGAAACAAUGCGUAUGGUAGUGUAGGUUCAUCCUCGUGGCAAAACACAAAUCAAAAUAAUCGUCCAGGUGUUGGCAGUGGGUGGUAUGCAAAUAAUGUGGGCUCUAAUUAUAACUCCUAUUUAAGUAGCACCAAUAAUCCCUAUUACAGUAAUUGGAAUAAUAGUAAUGAGUUACAUACUACCUUUGCUCAUAUGUAUCUUUCAAUUAUCGUUAGUGUGUACAUAGUUUUUUGCAAAAAUUGAGAUUCUUUUUGUGUACUUAUGUGAAUCAAUACUGGCAUUAAUCAUGUUAUAUGCUAGUAGGCAGUUAGCUUUUCUUUGUUUGCGAAUACUGUAAAUUGUUGCAACAAAUUUUAUUUUUUACGAAAAGAAAUUAUAAGUAUUGUUUCUCGAUGUUCCUUUCCUCAAAAGAAUAUUAUUUCCAAUCUGUCUAAAUAAGUGAAAAAGCUUAUUUGCAUUCUCGUGGAUCUUUUAGAUCGGAAGAUCUACACUAACGUAACGGCGAUACUGAUCGAUAACUGAAAAAAAACAGCUCCCCUAGCGAGAAGCUUGGUUUAUCCUUUAACAACAACUUUUCCACAAAAAUAUCUCCAAUUUGUUGAAAGAGAUAAGUGAGACUCAUAUACAUUAUAUUCUGACUAUGUGAAGAACAUCCCAAAAAAACAUACACUAAAAAUAUCAAAAAAGACUUUUCUAUUUGAACCUAUUCCAAAGGCAUUGUAUUUUUGAAUUCAAAGCGUCUAACCUCCUUUGUUUUUUGAGCAGUGCAUGAAAAAACGGAUAAGAGUGUAUUACUCUUGUCGAAACGAACUAAUACAUUUGUAUUGGUCGAAGUGCAUGAACUCUUUUCCACUUUUUACUUCUCGUUCUAUUGGUGGCACUCUCACACUAAUAAAUACUCGUACAAAAUCACUCUUUUUUAAUGCAAUUGCAUAUUCUAGUACAUUGUAUCCUCGUCCAUUAACAUCAAUUUGGAUUUGAAUAACAGCCGAAAAACGUUUGAUAUCCGAAACAAAAAAUGAGACGAUAUCUAAUUGAUCUUUAUCAAUUGUUGUUUUCAAUGAAUCAGCAUUAAUAA